AAAAAAAAAAAAAAAAAUGCACACCUCAAAUUUAAUUCACUAUUAAAAAAAAAUAAAGUUGUUGUGCUCCCCCAAAAAUGACAGUUCAACCCAAAAACUGAAACGGUUUACAUCUAAAAAAAAAUCCCCCAAAAUGCUAUUAUGAAAAUCAUUUAGAAUCCAAAAGAAAAAGUGUACCUUUUAAGCCACAAAAGAUGUUUGCAGUGUAGUGCGGUAAAGCCCCAACGGCGGGGGAGACUGAAAAUUUCUUUUUUCUAUUUUUUCCCUAUUACCAUUAUUUUUUUCAUAGAAACAUAACCAUGGCAACCAGUCAAUGCUCAUACAUUAUCGAACACAUGGAGGAUGCCAUGCAUGAAUGGUGUGCUUUAGAGUACAAGCACAUGUUGCAAAAGAUUGGACCUGAUCAUCUUUACUUUACAUCUUUGACAGAUAAAUGUAUGAAUGAAGGUAUGCCCGAGGAACUCAAGUCAGCCAAGUGUCACCAAAUUGACGUAUUGAAUUUGCCUGGUGUCAAGCACGAAGAAAUCUGCUUGUUGGACCCUGCUGGUACCUCCGAGUUGGCACCUGAGGAUGGUGACAAGUUUAAGUAUUUCUUGUUUGGUGGUAUUUUGGGUGACCACCCACCCAGAGAUCGUACUGGAGAGUUGCGUAAAUUGGGAUUUGCAGGUAGACGUCUUGGUCCUGUUCAAAUGACGACUGAUACUGCUGUCAAUGUCACAAAGAGAGUGGUAGAGGAUAAAAUUCCUUUGGACAAGAUCCCUUACAUUGACUAUCCAGAGAUUUUCUUUUCUCGCCAUGAAUCUGUCACAAUGCCUUUCCGUUAUAUUGCAGAGACCAAGACCAUUACUACUAAAGCAGGAGAGGAAAAGACAAUCAAAAAGCCCUUGAUGCCUCCUGGUAUGUUGGAAUUACUCAAGAAAGAUAAUGAAAUGACGCUUGAUUUUUAAAAUAAUAAUAAUAAAAAAAAAAAAUAAUUAAUAAUGAAA